AUGGGGACGGCCGGAAGUUCGACCGCAGAAGAAAGGGCUAACGUCACCGACGUGGUCGAUGAAACGCUUCCAACAUGUCCUUGCCGGAAACCGAAAACUAUUCUUCGUCUGUGCCAAUUAAACGGAAACUGCAGAGCAAGCCCCGGAGCAGCUGCAAGCCAGCCAUUGCCGCACAGGCUUCUGAUGAAGCUCCCCUCCGCUUCUCUCGAAUCCGGAGAAGGUGCCUUGACUGCGUGGGGCCUGUCAGCUGGCCGUUGCGGAGGAAUUGGACUUUGCGUCGCAGUAGACGCGAUCGAACGUUUCUUCGUAGCUUAUCACAAGGCGAUGAUGGGCCCCGCAAUCGCUUCGUGGAGGACUGGUUCUAGCGAAAAUGUCCAAGUCUUGCGUGUAGGCCCCCCUUGGACCUCGCUCUCGGCUUGACUUGACAUUGUCUGCUUCCCAGCAGAGCGCGUGGUGGCGUCGUGCCCACUUCUCGCAACCGAUCCAUGCCUGUCGGAAUAUAGAUGAGGAGCCGUCGCAAUUCGUUCCUCAUUCCCAUCGUCUGCUCGUUCCUCAGCCGUCUCGAGGUGUUCGAAUUCUCCCGUUCGGCUCUUUUCUUCUCCGGCAUCUUCAAAUUGAAACCUGCACUUGCGAGUCAGAGUCUGAAGCUGAGCACUGUAAUCCUCUUCCAUCUUUGUGGUGCCUGUCGUUGUAGAUUUUUCUCGAUCAGAGAUACUUUCACAGAGUUCACAAGGGGGAGCCGCAUCUGCAAGGCCACUUCUGUCAGAUUCUGUCCUCGACCGAAUUGAGGCAGAUCAGAGCUCGAGCGGAGAACAUAUUUACACGAAUUUUUAUUCGAGCACAUCAUAAUGCAUAUUAUCGUAUCUAGCAAUCAAUUAUGGCUUGGGUCAAAGUCCGUUCUGCCUUUGCUGGAUCUUCCGUUCUUGUUGCAAGCGGCUGCAAUUCGUGUGAAGCAGAAGGCGGAAAGCGCCGCCCUUUCUGUGGAAGCUGGGCAGCUCCAGUCCGUAGGCCCUGCUUUCAUACCCGAGACCAGCUCAGAUGAUGUUACCGCUCGUGGAGUUAAUUUUCAUUCUGAUGGCGGCAUCUGCGACACGAGCUCCAGCAGUGAGGGUCAAAAGGGUUUUGAUGCCAAAAGCAUUCCACCACUUGAAAAUAUGGAGCUGAAAAGAGUGUUUCAAAAGUUCGACGAAAAUCAAGACGAUAUGAUUUGCGCAGGUGAUUUGCGCCGGUACAUGAGCAGAUUGGGUCUCGAAGUAUCAGAGGAAGAAGCCGUUGAGAUGCUGAAAACUGUUGAUCAUGACGGCGACGGCAAAGUAGGAUUUGAGGAAUUCUGCACUCUAUACAGGUCACUGGAUGAGGGCGGUGACGGGCCCGGGAAAUUGGAGGUGGCUGACGCUGACGAGGACGAGGAAAGUCUGUUGGAAGCAUUCAAAGUAUUCGAUAAGAACAACGACGGUUACAUCACUUGUCAAGAACUGCAAUCCGUUCUUCUCGCCCUAGGAUUGCAGGAAGGGCAGAGCCUGAGAAGCUGUGAGCGGAUGAUUCAAGGAGUGGACUUGGAUGGCAAUGGUGAGGUCGACAUUAUGGAGUUCCGGCAAAUGAUGUCCUCGGAUAUCCUCAUGAGUUGAGACCUUCAUCACGUGCCCUUCAAACCAUCUAGCAAUUGCCCAAACCUUCACCUGACAUUGCAAAACUGAAAUGUAAAUCAAGGCACAAGAUUGCCUCGCGCAUCUUACUUUUAGAUUUUUUGUUUACAAACUCGGGUGUAGAUUGCCUGAACUUCACUAGAGAUUUUAGUCUCCUCUGUCUAGAAUUGUAGUAUCAUAUCAAACACCAGAAUGUGUACACCAGUGUGACCAUUUACUUGGAUAGUGGUGCGGGCUCGGCACCUGUAUACUGUACCCUUCCAUUCAGACUUCUUGAAGGCGUUUCUGGCCAGACUCAGUUAGGUAGCAAGACAAAUUCUCGAUAAGAUUCACGAACGGUUGAUUGAGUCAACACCUUGUAAUCGAAUUCUUAUUUUUGACCGUAAGCG